GGGCGCUGUGUCGGGGGAACAGAUCGUCUGGAGUGGGGCCGCGCUCGGGAGUCGCCGCCAUGUCCCUGCAGGCUGAUUUUGAUAAGGCGGCCAAAGACGUGAGGAAGCUGAAAACCAGGCCAGAUGAUGAAGAACUAAAAGAACUCUAUGGGCUCUACAAACAAUCCGUAAUUGGAGACGUAGAUAUUGAGUGUCCAGGACUGUUAGAUCUAAAAGGCAAGGCUAAGUGGGAAGCCUGGAACCUCCAAAAAGGAUUAUCGAAGGAGGAUGCCAUGAGUGCCUAUGUUUCUAAAGCAAAAGAGCUAAUAGUAAAAUAUGGAAUCUAGAAUUCAGUGUGUGAGAACAUUUUCCUUUUGAAGCCUUCAUAAUGGUAUCAUGACCUAAUAUUUAGGGGAGAAAUGCACUGUUAAGUCUUUAUGUGUCAUUGAUAUUUUUGCUAGUAACAUGAAUUACAAUUCUUAACCAGAGGUAUGCUGAAACUACAUAUUUAACAAAACCUUACCUGCUCAAACCAGGUGAUUUUUAAACGUUCUUUUUAAAGAAGUGUUGCUCUGGUAGUAUGUGCACAAAAACAUUAACAACUCUUUGUUCUUCUGGCUUCUUUGUUUUUCUGCAGCGAGGAGGACUUCCCGGUAUAGUCAGAACAGUUUAUUAAGAACUAAUCACAGGACUCUUUGUUUCACUGUGUAGCUUUGGGGUUCACACUUACACGGGGCAGGCACAGGCACACCUGGUUCCAGUCCCCCUUCUGUCACUUACUUACUUGAGGCAAGUUAACUGAGACUUGCUAAACUCCUCUGUAGAGUAAGGGAGACAAUAUCAGUCUCACACUGUUAUAAGAACCAAAUGAGGUGACUGUAAUUAUCCUACCUUUAUUUUAAAGCACAUACUAUAUAAAAGCUAACAGUAAACAACAAAAUUCUUAAAAAAAUAAACUUAUGAGUCUGUCUAUAGCUCUUCAAAGAAAGAAAAAAGCCAUCAUGGGACUAUCAACUAUUUAUCUUUAAGUUUCUACACUUCAGACAAAUCAAAAAAUCAGACUAAAAUGUAAUAUUUCAUGAUGACAAACUGUACAAUGUGCCUCUUAGGUCCAGUUUUUAUCAGAGUGAAAAUGCAGAAUCUGGAAUAAUCAUUUGGACCAAAGAAGAAAAAUUUUGGAUCAACUAGAUGAAUUUCCAGGGAAUUAUGCUGGGUGAAAAAAGCCAAUCCCCAAAGGUUACAUAUUGUGAUCCUGUUUAUGUAACCUCCUUGAAAUGGCAAAAUUAUAGACCUAGAGGACUGGAUAGUGCUUGUCAGGGAGGAGGGGGUGGGGGAGGGUGUAAAAGGGCAGUGCGAGGGACCCAGCGGUAUUGGGAUGCUCUGUGUCUUGACGGUAUCACUGUCAUCCUCUGGUUGGACUGUUACACCAGAGUUCUGCAUGAUGUUGCCCUCAGGGAAACUGGGGCACUCUGUGUCAUUUCUUAGAACCCCACGUGAAUCUACAGUUACCUCAAAAUAAAAAGUUUAAUUAAAAACAAAUCUAGCUUGAUUUCUAAUCUGGAAAACUUUAGAAAGUAAAGGUGAUUCUCAUCUGUACAGUAAGUCCCCUACUACUGUAUAGACUACAGUAGUACAGCAUCUUUAUUUCAAGCCCAGGAUGUCCAGAAGCAAGCAUAAAAGCAGCGGUGAUAUAGCUGUUACUACUCUCC